AUGCAUGAGAUGUGGUGUUUGAUUGAUCGCAGGCCAAUAAGAUUUUCUCUCUACGAGUUUGAGAACAUAACGGGCCUCAAUUGCGAUAUGUUUGACGAGUCUGACACUGGUGAAACUGAUUACAAAGAUUUUUGGAAUGAAAUGGGGGUAGCAAUGUCUGUUGGUCCAUUGUUUACAGAGUUGGAACGUGUCUUUGAGAUUAGCAAGACAUGGAGUUUGGAGAAGAGGAUGAUGGUUGGUAGAUUAUGUUUACAAUAUGUGGGAGUACAUGGGAUUCAUCACGGUUCUAGAGUCCCGUUGUCGAGUGCUAAAAGAGUGCUUGAUCCUGUUGCUUUUGAGAAGUAUCCUUGGGGUCGAGUGGCUUUUGACUCUCUAUUAAGGUCUGUGAAGUUUGUCAAGUAUGACGGGGAUUCUUAUGUGAUUCACGGUUGUGUUCAGGCCUUGCUGGUGUGGAUAUAUGAGAGUGUGCCUGGAAUUGGAGAAGCUUGUGGGUUUAGAAAAACAACACUGACGGGUGUUCCGCUACUUGAUUGGAGAUCUUCUAAAAAACGUUUUAACUUUACCGCUUUCAUUGAAAAGGAGAAGGCUGCCCACGGACAGGUAUCACGACAUAAGAGGAAACAGAAUCAAGAAUCAUCAAACGAGGAUGGUGAGAGUAAAGUGAUGGAAUCAACGCCUGCAGAUGAUGUAUCUCAUAAGAAGCAAAGAACAGGGAAAGCUCAUAUAAAGGUCGAUGAAGAGGAGAAGACAAGCUUGCUGGAUAUUCGGAAUAUGUUGGAAAAAAUGAAUGUCACAAUUAGUGACAUGGACAAGAAUGCAAGCAGCAGAUUGGAUGGGUUGGAGAAGAAAGUUACUUGCUUAGAAGCGAGUGUAAAAACAAGGUUUGAAGCUGUGGAGACUGAUAUGAGAGUUCUUAAAGAGUCUCAGCCCCUUGUAGUAUGCAAUGAAGCUGCCACAUCAAACAACAAUGAUGAAUAUGAGGCAAAUAGUAACCAAUGUUCUUGGGUUGUAGAGGAGAAGUCAGGUUCUGUUGAUGGGUUGCCUAUUCAAAGAGUGGUUAAGAAGGCUGUUAAUUCAGUGAAGAACAUGGAAGCUGCUACAAAGGUCCUUACUAAGAAGAAAGUUGCAAAAUCUGAUAAGAAGAAGACAAUUGUCAAUGUAGAGAAGGUAGAAAAACCAAAACCUGAAAUGAAGAAGACAGCUGUAAAGGUAGAGAAGGUAGAUAGUCCAAAACCUGAGAAGAAGAAGUCAGUUGUAGCUCCAACAACAAAGACGUUUGAUGAUGAUGUUGUGGAUGUCACUGAUAAGGUUAAUGCAGACAAUCUGAAAAUGGCUUCACGUUCAGAAGAAACAUUCUCCAAUCCUCUAGAUCAGAUGGCUAAUAAGGCAACGACUGAUGCAUUGAGAGCACUUCAAGAAGGACUAGAUAAUCUGGACGGUAUUACUAGUAAGAGGAGACGAGUGCCACAGCUAGCGGGUUCUCAGAAAUAUCCGUCUGUAGGAAAUUCAACAGUGAAGCGCAUAAUCACUGAUGUACCAUCGUCUUCUUCGGUAACUGAACAUCUUCAACCUGUUUCUGAUGACCAAUUUGAUAGGCUGAAGGAUUGGCUCGAACCAGAUUUUGAAAAAGAAGGCCUGAACACCAGCAACUUUAAUGCUCGGUUCUACUGGCAGAUAAUGACUCCAAGAAGCGAUUGGUCAACAGAAAAAUAUGGAUGGCUGAAAGACUAUCACAUGGGAGCUGCAAUGUCAUUGUUUCGCCGAAGAUUCAAUCGUGAUCCGUCAAAAUAUCCCAACCAGAGAAUAGCUUUUUUGGACCAAGAUUUGAUCUCCACAAUGCUCAAAGACUAUAAACAGUUUCAACCGGAUUAUAGGUGCUUCAAAUUCAGGGAGCAUUAUGAGGAUCAAGUCAAUGGUACAGCUCAAUGUGACGCGGCGAAAAACAAGAAAUGGUUUGUUGAUGUGGAUCACCUAUAUGCAUACCUCUUUGUCAACGGGAAUCAUUGGGUCGCUCUGGACAUUGACUUGCCAAAAAAACGGAUCAAUGUUUAUGAUAGCAUCCCGAGCUUGACUACGGAUACAGAAAUGGUGAUACAGUGCAUGUUUGUGAUGACAAUGAUUCCUGCCAUGUUGAGUUCAUUUAUUCCGUCAAAGCAACGUAGGAGGAGCUACUCAAAGUUGGAGUGGAAGAGGAUUACGAAGAUCCCGGAGAAUCUUGACGCAUGUGAUUGUGCUAUCUACUCAAUAAAGUACAUCGAAUGUUUGGCGCUUGGCAAGUCCUUUGAUGGCUUGUGUGAUGAGAACAUGCAGUCCCUAUGGACUAAACUUGCUGUGGAGAUGUUUGAGGAAUUAGGCAAGAAUGCUGGAACACUACACUCUGAGGUUCGUUGCAAGGCCUUCAAAUUCCCAAGCCUCAUGGAUGAUUAG